AUGCAUACUCUCGUCCUGAUCCCGCUUCUUGCCCUGCCGGCUGCCGCCGUCCCGUCUCUCUCUUCCGACAAACCUCCCACCAUCAUCCCCGAAUACGGCGUCGCUUUUGCACACACCGACGCCGCUCGCCCCGAGUCAUCCUCCGCCAUCAACAAGCGCACCGACUUCAGCGGCGCCAAAAUCACCUGUGACAACAAGGGCUUCUAUGCCUGUCCCCUCGACAUUUAUGAUGAGCAGCUCUCGUAUCUUCGCAAGCUCCACGGACAGCCGCGAAUGGAUCCCGGACCUGACUCUCGGGAGGAAAAGACCCUCCUCGCUUGGACUUCUAUCAUCGACGGGUUGAAGGCCAUACGCGCAAAGUGCGGUCCGAGUGAAAAAGAGAGUGCCGUCAACGGCGGUCGCGCGCGUCACCCAACGGAUUGGGAAGUCAGAUGGGAGCAUCUGCCCAAUGGAGAGCACUGUUGA